AUGUCCCUCUUCCGUACCCUCGACCGGACCUCCGCAGUCUCCAAUACCACCAGCGCACGACCCUUUCUUUCCUUUUUAUGUCCAGCCCUCGACAGGAAUACAGCAAAGAGAAGGUUCAGCAAGAAGUCGAUAGACAAUGCGCCAUCAGCGCCCAGACAGACGCCCCACAUGGACACUUUUUUCAUCCAGGCAUUGGUGCAGGCGGCAUCGUGCCCAAAGCAUGCAAAGCGGAUGCCAAAAUUGUCCAGGGUAGAUGCAGUUUUGGCAAAGAAACAUACUGGGCGAUGGAGUAGCACAUGGUCCAAUCCAGAAGAAAAGACUCCCAAUACCAGGCUGCAGCGGAGGGGUCCGUUCAACAAGGUUAAGGACUUUGCUGAAAAAGAGCUACAAGCCCUGGUAGACUACUACGGCAUGGAGCUUGAAACUGGGCCCGAACAAGAUGUCCCCGAUGAUGGGAAACUGGUGUGGAAUGUUGGAGACAGUCACGAACCAUGGCCCCUCCGCAACCCAACAGACGCUGUGCACAUUGAAAGAUUGGAAGAGUUACUCAAAGAUGAAGAAGCGUCACAUGGCGAGAUUUUCGAGACAUACAAGAAGCUACCAUCACCCGGAGUUGUAUAUCUCAAGAUUGAAACGAUAAGAGCUCUGCUUCAUCACCUCGCUAUUGUGGAGCGUCCUACGCUAACCGCAAUGCAACGCUACCUUUCUAUCCUUGACGACAUGAAGAAUGCACACAUACACAUCAUUCGGUCGGAGUGGACAUCAGCGAUACACCUUUCCGGAAAUGCCAUGUGCAAGAUAGCUGAAGACAAGAUCCAGUCAGCUCUCAACAUCUGGCGGGACAUGGAGCACCGGGCUGGUAUCAGAGGUGGCUAUGUGACUUUCAACGUGCUCUUUACGGUGUCUGUAAAGUCCGGAAAAUACACACUCGCUGAGACUUUUCUCAAAGAAAUGCAAGUUAGGAAAAUGCCAAUGCAUCGGCAUCACCGUGUAUCGCUUCUCUACUAUUACGGUGUCCUACAAAACGGCAACGCAGUCAGGAGGACUUAUCAAGAACUGGUCGCAGCUGGAGAGAUUGUGGACACAGUGGUUAUGAAUGCUGUCAUAGCAUCCUUACUUCGUGCUGGAGAACCUGCGGCGGCAGAGCAUGUUUUCGAGCGAAUGAAGCGCUUGCACGCCUUGCGCGCAUCUCCAGCACCGGGCCACACGUUUUUCAACCGCAAUUGGCGUGACCGCCGUCUCCUGGGAAUGCACUUUAGAGACGAGACGCGGAGGUUAAGCCACGAGAAAAAUGAAGAGGAACUGAAGAAGCUGCAAGACUUUGCGCCCAUCGCACCAGACUCGCGCACAUAUGGUGUCUUGAUUCGUCACCACGCUGGGGUAGCAGGUAACAUCGACCGUGUCCACGAGCUGCUGCAGGAAAUGAACUGGAAUUCAGUCCCAUUAGAAGGGACUAUUUUCAUCGUCAUUUUCCAUGGCUUCAAUAAUUUUGGCGGAGUACGCUACUCUUCAUGGACAGCCUCGAAACUUGAAAAGAUCUGGCAGCGCUAUCUGAGAGCUCUCAAUGAAGACCUUGAACGGACGUGGAUAUCAAGUCUCUCGGUCAUUGCGGCUCUUAGGGCCUUCGCAAAAUGUACGGCCCCAGAGCGCACAUUGAGAGCUUGGGAGGAAAUACGCAACCUGUGGCAUCACGCUGAUGAACAGGAGCUGGAAACGGUGCUGCGUGCGCUGAGAAAACUGGUGCCGAGCCAGUUGGAAGCUCAGAGGCCGGGGUUCUUUGAUGGCAAAAGGCCGCUUUGA